GAUGCUGCUGGGGGCGGUUCUUCCGCGCAGGGCGGCCCGACCUCGCCUAGGGCGGCGGCACCCUCUACGGCUUCUCCUCAGGACCCCGGGCGCCGCCAUCUUAACCAGGACGGAAGCCGCGCCGGGACCUUCGACGCGCACGCGCAGCGCGUCAGAACUCGGAAGUGUGGGCGCCGCGAGGAGGGCAUCCCGGCGGGCCCCGCACGGUACGGGGGUGGCCGACCUCGCGAUGGCUCAGGAGCAGGGCUUGGGGUCCCCCGCGCCUCCGGGUUCUCAGACGCUCCUGGACUCCCUGCUCCGGAACCUCUACGACUUCGGAGAGACAGAAGAUGAGGCAGCACAGAAAAGGAUCAGAAAGAAGGGAGAAAACAAGAAGAGAGAUGUAGGGGCUCCAGUGGCCUUAACAGCAGACCCAGCUCCCCUGCCUGGUUGUCUCGCGAGAGGCCAAAGGAAGAGGGCCUCUAGCUUCUUCAAGGAACUCAGGGAAGAGCUGCAGGGUGCUCCUGCUGUGACCCCCACCGGCUCUGCCUCAGGACCAGAUGUCCCCAGUGCCGCGACAUCUCCCUCAACUCCGAAGAACAGCAGGGAUCGAGUGCAAGUGAUAGAAUUUUACAGCAGAAAUAAAAAAAGGAAAGGGAAGUCGGAUCUAGAUGAGGACACACAGACCAAAACUAAUAUCCUUGAGAAAGAUGUGGAGAGACAAGAAUUUAACUUAGAGAAGGCUCGCCUGGAAGUGCACCGCUUCGGGAUCACGGGUUACGGAAAAGGAAAGGAAAGAGUCCUGGAGCGGGAACGGGCCAUCAUGCUGGGCGCUAAGCCUCCCAAAAAUAGUUAUGUGAAUUACAAGGUCUUGCAGGAGCAAAUCAAAGAAAAAAAGGCGGCAAAAGAAGAAGAAAAGAGAAUGGCCCAGGACACAGAUAUUUUCAAGAAGAAGAAGAGGAAAGGUCAGGAAGACCGGAAAGCCAAAAAGAAGAAAUCAGCUCCCAGUAUUUUGUCAAGUGGACGGAUUGGGCAGGUUGGAAAAUUCAAAAAUGGGACACUGAUCCUGAGCCAGGUUGACAUCAAGAAAAUAAAUUCCUCCCGAGUGGCCAAGUGAAGUGCUUCAUGAUGUAGAGAGAAGAACGUCGUACUGCCAUGGGACCUCUAUGAGACUUCCAGAUUAUUCUUAUUUAUUUCAUAUUUUAUAGACUGCUUUUCUAUUUGAGGGAAAAAAUGUCAAAUAGAAAUAGUAAAAUUUGUAGACGUGAGGUGUGUGUUUUAUAGUGAUAAGUGCGCAGCGGGAAGGGCCAGCCGCACUGUGUGUGUAAAGCCAGUCCGUGGAAAAGGAUGUUUAAUGUUCUCCAGCGAGAUUUAUGCGAGGUUGGCUUUCACUGGUGUUUUGUACUUCUGCAUGUAAUGACUUUUUAUCAGCUUAAUGAUUUACUGAUUUGUAAAUGCUAAUAGUUAGCAUUAAAUCACCUUUUUAAAUUUUCUAAAAAUGGUGUCCUGUUACACAUGAAAGAACCAUGUGUGAUCAUUUGUCAGUUGUUUUUGUGGGAAAAGCGGUUUUGAUUUUUAGCCUCUACCAUGUGUAUGAAGUCUCUUUUUUUUUUUUUAAUGUUUUAUUUAUUUCCGAGAGAGAGAGAGAUAGCCUGAGCAGG